AAAUAGCUACACCUUUCGGGUCUGGUUGGUUGAACAAAAUGGCAACGUAUGGUGACGAACAAGUCGACAGCUAUUUCUAUUCAUCUUACAACCCUUAUACGGGCAGAUACCCGCGCGCUAAAGACGCGGGGUGGAAGUAUAAAAGUUACCUGUCCCACUAUGGAGACCCAGAGUCCUUUAACAACCAGCAGCGCGCGCAGCUCAAAUCUAUCUUAUCCCAGAUCAACCCCAAACUCACCCCGAGGCUCCGCAAGGCCAACACCAAGGAUGUGGCUGUGCAGGUGAAUCCGAAGAGGGACGCCUCGGUGCAGUGCUCCAUCGGCCCGCGGACCCUCCUCUCCAUGAAGCGGGACUCCCGGCGCGGCAGGCGGCCAGAGGAGCCCGGCAGUCCGAGCGGCGUGCGAUACCCCCGAACCCUCGCAGUGUACUCACCCAUCGCCUACAGAAGCGUCACCUCCUUCCUGGUCGAUGAAAACAACAACAAAGAAGGCUCCUGUGCUGAGGUGGAGGCCGGGGAGCCUCCAGGAGAUCAGACCGAGAAGAAGAGCGAGGAGAGCCGGGCAGCUGAGGACGGAAAGACCGAGAAGAUCCCCGAGCAGCGAAAAAAGUUCAAGACCAAACAAACCAGACCACCGGUGAGGAGUGAAAAUGUGCAACCAGCUACAACCACGGACGGGUCAAAGGGCAAAGCGCGCGUGCGCUUUCAGUUUCUGGAACAGAAGUAUGGAUAUUAUCACUGCAGAGAGUGUAAUCUACGAUGGGAGAGUGCCUAUGUGUGGUGUGUCCAGGGAACCAACAAGGUUUACUUCAAACAGUACUGUAGAAAAUGCCAAAAGGAAUUCAACCCGUACCGUGUCGAGGACAUCACAUGUCACACUUGUAACAAAGCACGCUGCUCCUGUGCAAUAACACAACGCCACGUUGACCCAAAACGGCCCCACAGACAGGACUUGUGCGGCAGAUGCAAAGGCAAACGACUCUCUUGUGACAGCACGUUCAGCUUCAAAUACAUCAUCUAGGGGAGGCCUUGUCUGACCUUUGACCUGUCACAUGUUGGUCCUGGGUGGGGCAUCCCAAACAGAAUCACAGUAUUUACAGAUUACAGAACAGUAAUGGCAUCUUGGAUGCAAAAUAUGAGGUUUCAAAACUUUAUUUUGUUGCCUGUUUUGUGUUGAUGAAAUUAUUGGUAAGCAUAACACACCUGACUGUAAUAAAUGGCUAUCAUGCA